GCCACAGUUAUUGUCACGCCUCUAAACACUCGUAACAACAGUCGUCAUUCCUUUUUUUUUUAACUUCUAACUUACAUACACCCCGCACACACCUGCACACACGCAACAUUUCCUAUAUUCGAACUUUACCUUACCUAAACUCAAAAAAAUGCGUUGGAGCUGGAACGUCUUCACGGCGAUCCUGUGUCUGGCCCAGACUGCAGUCGCAAAGCCAGAUGCUAAGGACGGGAUCAAGAGUGUUCCGCUGAGAACACACAGCUUAGCUCCGCCAUACCUCGAUCAGGACUUGCAGAGCCGGUGGUUCGAUUGGGGUGGUGAUACUGUUAUUCGCGCCGACCAGUACGUUCGCCUCACGUCGGACCGACAGCAUCAGGCUGGGUAUCUCUGGUCGCGACUACCAUUGACCGCGACGAACUGGGAGAUCGAGUGGGAAUUCAAAGUACACGGCACCGGCAACCUCUACGGCGAUGGCAUGGCCCUGUGGAUAACGAAGCAGCGCGCGCUGCCCGGGCCUGUUUUCGGUAGCAUCGACAACUUCGAGGGCCUGGGUAUCUUCCUCGACACCUACAAGAAUAACCGGCCGGGCGUUGUGUUCCCCUACAUCUCUGCUAUGCUCGGAGACGGGCAGACGAGCUACGAUCAUGCGCAUGACGGGAAGGAGAAUGAGCUGGCGGGUUGCUCGGCAAGGGGAAUUAGGGGAGCAAAUAUUCCCACUCGCGCGAAGCUCACGUACUUCCAAGAGAACUACCUCCAGCUUGACUUGCAGUACAAGAAUGUCGACCAGUGGGUCCAGUGCUUCAAUGCUCCAAAUGUCACCCUUCCGCAGGUCGCAUACUUGGGAUUCAGCGCGCACUGCGGAGAGCUUAGCGACAACCACGACAUCAUCAGCAUCACAGCCAACAACCUUUACUCUGCGAACCCCAACCGCCCGGGCCCCGGUCGUUCCGACAAGCCGCGGAAGAGCACGAAGACUCCGAAGGGAUACAAGGAGCCUACCGAGGGUGGAAGCUGGAUGUGGUUCUUCCUGAAGUGUCUGAUCUUCAUUACUGUGGUCGCCGGUGCCUAUGUCGGUUGGGUCGCGUACAGAACUCAGAGGCGGAGCUCGCGGUUCUAAGGGAAGGUGAUGGGAGAGAUUUUCAUUUGUGAAUUUGUGAAUUUCGGGUACAUAGCGGAGGGAGAUGCGUCGGUGAGCUAUGGCGCUGGUAACUAAGGGGAUGCUGGAUGCUCGGUGUUUUCCUGCGGUAUUCGCCUGCUUUGCUUUGAUUUCCUUGGCUUGGGAUCGUACUUUUCUCACUGCUUUUCUUCUGGCUGUUUGUUGGUGUCCAUUGCGUCCUUGAUUCCUGUCUCUAAAGCGAAUUUUACAGUCUGGAAA